ACUCAAUGAAGCCAUAGCAAUAAAAGGAUAUAUGAAUUUGACCGCCAGAACACUGGUUUGUGGCGGAUUGAUAUUGCAGCUCAAUCUUAAAGGGGAGCAUCGAUUGCAUUGUCUUCAGCAGAAUGCAACCCUGCCGGUUCUCCAGAAGUAGAAGGAACAGUCGGGUCCGCAUACGAUUAGAGCUGGGUCAAGCUGCCCUGCUUUCCCGAUGCUGUUUCUCAAGGGUAAUUUGGUCGUGAUUUUGAUCGGAUCCAUCACAUACGCGGUCAAGAUGACAUUGCAAACGUCAUUGGCCGCUCAGUGCAUCGAUAUAUAUGGCCUGGAUUACCUCCAGGCUGGGCUGAUCUACCUUCCAUCGGGCGUUGGAGGUGCACUCGCAUCUUAUGCCACUGGCAAAUUCCUUGACAGGAAUAUCAAGAAGUACUCUGCCGAGGCCGGUAGGGAGGGGCAAUAUCGCCGAGGUGAGGACAUAUCGGACUUUCCCAUAGAGAAGGCACGCUUUGUGGGGAUUCACACCCUCAUCCUCGUCUUGUCGGUGGGAUCUGCUGCUUAUGGUGUUGGCCUGAAUGAGCGAGCGCUCUGCGGAACACGCCUAACAGACCUCAACCCCCAUGCUUCCGCCACCGUCCAAGCAUCGUAUAACCUGGUUCGAUGCCUAGGAGCCGGUGCUGCGAUUGCCGCACAGCAACCCCUGGCAGAUGCUGCUGGCUCCGGAUGGUGUUUUGGUGUAUUUGCCAUCAUCAUGCUGAUGGCUUCGCCGCUUGCUGUGCUCAUUGAGAAGCGAGGGCUGGAAUGGAGGAGAGCGAAAGUCUGAUGUUUCUGUUCAUGAAACAUUCUCUCACAGCACUGCGGGCAUAGGGUAUCGUAUCUGAGCCUUAUCGUCCUGUGGUCCCCUUUUUAUGCAGCGCUUCUAGCGCCCGUAAUUGUCUUGGAAAAGCGGGGGGAAGUCAGAGGGGGCCCGUCGAGCAGGGCAGCGGUUAACGUAUGGACGCCAAGAAGCGGGUCGCUUACAGGGCCCCCACAGCACCCCACAGGUAGACUCACGCUAAAAUGUGCGC